UGAAUGAAAAUAAUUCUGAUUUCACCUUAUAUCUAUCCGGUGCAGUUUUGGUUUCACAAUGUCAAAAUGUAAAUAGAACCGAAACUGAACCGAACCGAAAAAUCAAAACCGCACCGAUUGACACCCCUACUCCGCCUUCUACUUCUCCCCCUGCUCCACCGCCAACCGCCCCUGCCUCGCAACCCUUCUCUAUCCCCACAUUCUUACCGCACUACCAGCCCAAGCUUGCGCUGGCGAACGAGUUGGCUACUGCUCCGACUCCCUCUGUUCAUUGACAGCCCUCGACUCCAAUCCAAGACAACAGUUACUACUGCUGCGAGGGCGAAAAGCCUCAGAUUUUUCCAGGGUUCGUACCCGUCGUCGCACAUUCUUAUCGCCUUUGAGAUUCCCCUCUUCAAGGGCAGCUUACGACUCGAUCUGAAUUCAGAAGCUUUGGGUGAGCUUACAAAGCGUCAAGACGGGUCACGGACCGAAAUAUUCAUGACGGACUGCUGUUAUGCUUUUCACUUCCCCUGCAUGGUAGCACGCCUUAGGAAGCACGGAAGCCUCGUCUGCCCUAUCUGCAACACCAGCGCACUUCACGUGCUUGUGAGUUAUUCCUAAUCGUCCAACUCUAAAACCCCAUAAUCAAAUCAGACAUAUUUUAAACCCUAAGGUUUGGAGUGAGUCUGCAACUUCGAACUGCAAAGACCAAUGGAUUGAACUGGGUUUUCGUCCGCAAGACUACGCGUGAUGCAGAUCGCAAGAAGGCUAACUUUAUCCUCCGGAAAUUCUACUGUUCCACUAGAGGAUUCAAAAGUGGAUGAACUACUUGGGAAGCUCCAGUGCCAAUGUCAAUGGCCUGCAAACUGUAGUUCAAAAUCUAAAGGCAAGGAGGAAUGAUGAGAAAAGCACUCUAAAAGCAGCAGAAAAUGCUGGACGAGUCAUGACUGAUGUAGCGAGCAAUUGGUUCAGGUCCAUCCAUGAAAUCGAACUGGAAGCUGAUGCCAUAGAAAAGGAGUAUAAUCAAGGGAGGUGUGCAGGGGGUUGGUGUGUGAACUGCUGGUCACGCUACAAAUUGAGUAAGAUGUCCAUAGAGCUCAGUUUAAAGGCUGAGAGUAGGCUCAACGAUCAAUUUGUUGUGGCAAGGCAACCUUCUCCAAAGUCUGUGAUAGAGAUAGAAAGUGAGCCAAUCGAGAUCCAGCCAUCAACUCAACAACUGCUGCUGAAGAUGCUUGAUUGCAUAGGUGAUCCAGAAAUUGGGAUCAUUGGAGUAUAUGGUAUGGGGGGAGUGGGUAAAACAACUCUAGCUGGAAAAGUAAAUAAUCACUACAAAGUGAAUUCUUGUUUUGAGACUGUGAUAAUGGUUAGCGUGUCUGCUACUCCCAACAUACGAAGUAUCCAAACCAGUAUAAGUAAGCGCAUUGGAUUAGAUUUAUCGAAUGAUAAUGAGGAUGAUGCAAGAGAGAAGUUGUUUGAUGCCCUAAGGAAGAAGAAAUUUCUUCUAAUUUUGGAUGAUGUGUGGCGCAGAUUAGAGCUCAAGGAUAUUGGAAUCCCUCACCCUCGAAACCAACACAAAGGGAGCAAGCUCCUAGUGACUAGUCGGAGUCAAGAUGCUUGCACUGAUAUGGGUGCUAGAAAAACAAUAAAAGUGGAGCCACUAUCAAAAGAUGAGUCGUGGAACCUCUUUAUUGAAAAAGCUGGCCAACAUGUUGCUGCCAACCAUCUAAAGUGCUUUGCUGAAAAAAUUGUUGGAAGGUGUAAAGGUCUACCUCUUGCAAUUGUCACUGUUGCACGUGCAAUGGCAAACCGACAUGGAGUUGGGGAGUGGAUGAAUGCUGCAAGGGAAAUGGAGCAAUCAGCCACAGAUCUCCGAGGUAUGAAGGAAGAAGUAUUUGUUCCUUUAAAAUUCAGUUUUGAUAGAUUGGAGGAUGAUAUGCUUAGGAGUCUAUUUCUUUAUUGUGCCUGCUUCCCUGAAGACUAUAACAUAGGAAAAGAUGAGAUAGUAAAUUAUUGUGUUGGAGAAGGAUUUGCAGAUAGAUUAGGCAGUUUGACAGCUGCUAGGAAUAAAUGUGAAGCUCUGAUUGGGAGCUUGAAAAUUGCUUGCUUGUUGGAAGAUGGAGAGGAUGAAGGUAGUGUGAGGAUGCAUGAUAUGAUACGAGAGCUUGCACUUGGGAUUACUUCCUCAGAUUCUGAUAGUAGUCCCAAGUUCUUGAUAAGGACUGGUGAAUCGUUUAAAGAGGCACCAAAGGCUAGUGAGUGGCUACAUGCAACAAGGAUUUCACUAAUGCAUACCCAAAUAAAAGAGUUCCCACAAUUAGUAGGGAGGUGCCAAAAACUAGUCACUUUGCUAUUGAGCUACAAUAGGAUCCUCACUGUUCCUCCAACAAAUUUCUUGCAACACAUGGAGGGUCUUAGUGUUCUUGAUCUUUCUUAUACAUAUACAUUGGAGUAUCUCCCAGAUUCAUUGUCAUGUUUGGUAAAUCUUCGGGUGCUUAGGUUACGGGGAUGUUCAUCGUUGAGAGCAUUGCCUGCACUGGAAAUGCUCCAACAGCUCCAAGUUUUAGAUUUGUCUUAUUGUCAAAUGUUAGACCAACAAAUCUUUGGAUCUGAAUGCAUGGGAUGUAUAAGUAAUCUGAGAUACUUUGAUUGGGAGAGACCAAAGUUUCUAUUUCAGCAGGGAUAAUUUCCCGUUUGCUCAAAUUGGAGCAAUCGAGCUUGUUUAAAGCAUAUAAGAUAAAAUGGAAGGUGAGUGCUGAAAAUGAAAAAUGGGAUGGGAGUGGCUCUGAUUGUAGAGGACAAAGGGAUGAGGGAAACAGCGAUGAUCAGGAGAGCGAAACAACGAUGAUCAGGAGAGCAGUGGCUCCAAUGGCAGUCAUCAACCCUCCAUCAUUGAUGUUGGGGAGUUGUCUCACUUGACCCAGUUAACAUCUCUUUCCAUUUCCUUCAAUGGUAUCAUUAUUUCUGAUUGGUUCAAACCUUUAGCCAAGAAGAUGAUGGAAUUGUUGCUGGAGCAUUGCACAAUUAAACAAGGCACUAUACAAGCUCUCAAUGAAUGCAAUUAUCUACGGUGGUUACAUAUUCAGAAAUGCACGGGUCUGACAUGUGUGCCCACUCGUGUUGAAGAAUAUUUGGGAAUAGGGGGUUGUGAGGACUUGGAGAAGGUGUUGGAUGGAGCGAAUGCAGGUCAUGAUUCCUUUCAGAGAUUAAAAGAUUUAUUUCUGUCUAGAUUGCCAAAAUUGGAAAGCAUAUGUGUUGGCAUUGCACCACUAAAUUUCUUUGGUAAACUACGACAAAUAGAUAUAUGGUACUGCAGUAGAUUGAAGAUGGUCUUCACGAAGGAAAUGCCAAGCCUGUUCAAUGAGUUGACGCUCAUUAGAGUUGUUGAUUGUGAUAGAAUGGAAGUAAUAAUUGAAGUUGAGGAAGAGGGUGGGAAGAUGGAAGGGAGUAGUAGUAAUAAUGGAGUGAUCUCACCAUUCCCAAAACUGAGAGAAUUAAAUCUACAAGAUCUACCUGCACUGGCCGAUGUAUGCAGCAACCAUAUCUUGCAUUGCCCACUUAUAGGGUUGGUGAGGGUGAACAAGUGUCCAAAGCUAAAGAAGGAUCCUCUCCGCAUACGCAACGCGGACGGGUUACUUAUAAUCCAGGAGAUAAUGUGGGAAGGUAAGGUCAUGCAAGAGGAAAUUCAAGAGACUUGAGUAAUUGUCUUCUCUGUGACCUUGAGAGAUUAGGUCUUGAAGUCUCAUGUCUCUAUGUGGGAGUCGCAUCUCACUGCAUCCUUCAUCCCCCCCCCCCCCAAAAAAAAAAAAAAUCCUUUUCUAGUUUGAGUUAUGUAACAUGAUAUCAUACCAUAUGUAACAGCCGUAUCGGACUGGCACUGUGUCAAAAAGCUGCUUUCCCCCAUCAAAA